AUGAUUCGGUUUAUCCUUGUUCAAAAUCGGCAAGGGAAGACACGGCUGUCAAAGUGGUAUGUGCCGUUCGAUGACGAGGAGAAGGUUCGGUUACGAGGCGAAGUACACCGGCUCAUAGCUCCUCGAGACCAGAAGUGGCAGUCCAACUUCGUAGAGUUCCGCAAUUACAAGAUCGUCUACAGACGCUACGCUGGGCUCUUCUUCUGUCUCUGCAUCGACCAAAAUGAUAACGAGCUGGCAUACCUGGAGGCGAUCCAUCUCUUUGUGGAGAUUUUGGAUGCCUUCUUUCAAAACGUGUGCGAGCUGGAUCUCGUUUUCAAUUUCUACAAGGCAUAUGCUAUUUUGGAUGAGAUUUUCCUCGCCGGAGAAAUAGAAGAGACCAGUAAAGCCGUCAUCCUGGAGCGACUGGAUUACUUGGAUCGGCUUGAAUAGGGUGUUGCUCUGUUUCAUUAGCAUUUGUACCCUAUAUGUAUUCAUGAU